GAUAUUUGAAGGAGGCGCAAUGACUGCGAAAUUGAAGAGAGUGGAAAUUGAGAACUUCAAGUCGUUUAGAGGCUUAAAUAGAAUUGGUCCUUUGAAACAGUUUUCGGUUGUGACUGGUCCAAAUGGUUCAGGUAAAUCAAAUUUUAUGGAUGCUGUCAGUUUUGGCGCUUGUGUGAAAACAAGCCGUUUACGUGCUCACCAGGUGUCUCAUUUGGCACACAGUACCAGCACCCUCGAUUCGAGAAGCACCGCAGUGACAAUUGUACUUGAAUUAAGUGAUGCAGUGGAGAUAUAUUUAACAAGAAGACUCAUGGGAAAUGUAUCUAAAUAUAUGAUAGACCAGCAGGAUGUAACAAAAGAAGAAUAUCUGUCUCAGUUGAAAGAUCUUGGAAUAAGUGAAUAUUUUUUCAUAUUCCAAGGUGCAAGUCAAGAUUUUGCCACAAAAAAGCCAAAAGAACAUACAUCUUUAUUGGAAGCAAUUAGUGGGUCUGUGUCAUUCAAGGAGGAAUAUGACAACUUGAAUAUUCAGUUACAAGACACUUUGGAAACAUUAAGCUCCCUGAGAGCCCAGAAGAAAAUUGUUGAUUCAGAACUUAAAAAUUUGAAGAGUAAAUUAGAUGAUGCUGCAGAGCUUGAAGAGAUCCAGCUUGCAUUGAAGGAGAAAAAACUGAAGUUAAUGUUACUUAAGUUGUAUUAUAACUGCAAGAAUAAAAACACACUUAGAAGCCAACAAGAUCUUAAAGUUCAGCAGCUUAGCAUAUUGGAACAAGAAGAUACAAAUGACUUUGAAGAAUUAAGAAAAUUGAAGUGUGAACAUCAGACCCUAUCAGAAAGUUUGAUAGAGCUGCGGAACGAGGAACAAUUGAAGGAAAAUGAAUAUAAAGAUUUACAUUCUAAGAUUGACAAAGUAAGAAUGAAUUUGGAAGUGUUGAAAGAUAAAAUCACUGACAACAGAAAACAACUGAAAAGAGCAAGAAAUGUAGAUGAGAAAUGUCAGUAUCAAGUUAGUGCUUUACAAGAUGCUAUUAAUGAAUUAAUGAGAGAGUUACAAGAACUAGAAGAGCGGACACCAUCUGAAGCUGAUCUUCAUCACCUGACAGAUGAAAAGGUACAGGAAUAUUGCAGGCUUAAGUCUUUAGUGGAAGUGCAAGCUGCAGAAUACUUUGCAAAGCUGAGAAGCUUGGAGGAUGAACAAGCAAGAGAUCAAAAGAUAACUGAUGAUGAAGUCAGCAGUUCUUACCGUGAAAAAAAGAAACUUCAAGAAUGUGUGUUACGAAGCAAACAAUUAGAGGAUAGACAUCAACAAUUCAGUGAACAUUUAUGGUCAGUUGAAGAAAGAAUUGAAUUUAUGAAAAAUAAACUCAGAGAAACGGUUUCUGAGGAAACUCAAGAGCUUAAAAAAAGGGAAUUGCUGAACAAACUGGCUGUAAUUGAUGCCGCACUGUUAGAUGUUAAUUUCAGAAAACAGGAAGAGAAUAAGAGAGAUUUGAUAAGAAAACUGCAGUCACUUUUUCCUGGUGUGUAUGGGAGAGUUGUUGACCUGUGUUCGCCCAUUAAUGAUGAAUAUAAAAUUGCAGUGACAAGAGUCAUAGGUAACAAAAUGGAUGCAAUUGUUGUUGCUACAGCAAGAACUGCUAUUCAGUGUGUGGGUUACCUCAGAGAACAGCGUUUACGCGAGACAUUUCUCCCACUCGAUAAUCUUGAUCCGAAGGACUACCAUCAUUUGCUUCACAACAAACCUUUUAUCAGAGAUGGUUACGCUACUGUGUUGCUUGAUUUACUGUGUUUCAAUCAGAAUCUGAGGAAAGCUAUAGUGACAGUAACAGGGAAUGUGGUGGUGUGCACCAGUGACGGUGUGGCCCAAAGUAUUGCUUAUAAUGAAAACAACAGAUGUGAUGCUGUGACACUUGAAGGGACAUUAUACAAAAGGAGCGGUCUAAUUGUUGGAGGAAUGAUGGAGUUAGAGCGUAGAUCAGAGCGAUGGCUGUCUCAAGACAUCAUAGAACUUAGACUGCAGAAGAAACAGCUGGAAAAGGAAGUGAAGGACGUCAACUUAACCAUUAAUAAAAGAAUACAACAAAAGUCUGCUGUUGAAACAGAUAUAUUUGAACUAGAAUCGAAGAUGAGUAAAUAUAAAUUUUUGCUGAAGAACAUAGAGAAUGACAUGACUUACACUGAACAGAGAACUGUUCAGAUUAAGAGCAAUAUUCAGACAUCAGAGAAUAUCAUCACUGAUGUGAGAAAUAAAUUGGUGGAACGUCAGAAGUUGAUGGAUGAUCUACGACAGAAGAUUGAAUCCAUUAAGGAUAAUGUGUUCCAGAAUUUCCUCAGAGAGUUAGGGAGUCCCAGCAUUUAUGUGUUUGAACAGCGUGAUUACAGGAUAUACAAGGAGAAACUUACAAAGAAACUAGAACUGCAGGAAAAGCUGGAGUUCCUAAAGCAGCAAAAGAAUUUUGAAUUGUCCCAGAGUACUGCAGACAAAAUAGACAUGUGGACGAAAAUAGUGAGGGAAAAGCAAGAUAUGUAUGAGGAUCUGCAAAAGGAAGAGGAAAGGUUGAGUAUUGAGUUAGCAGCCCACAAUGAUGAUACAGCUACUCUGGACAGAAAAAUAAAAGAAGCAGAAGCAAGAGAAGAAAUCAUCUCAGAAAAAAUUAAACAGAUAGAGAAGAGAAUCAGUACCAGAGAUCAUGAGAAGUGGAUGUUGUCAACAACUAUGGAAGUUCUUGAAACAAAUUUGAAGCAGCAGCACCAAUGGCAUAUAAAAUAUUUGUUCGAGAGCAAAAUGAAGAAUAUUGAUCUGCCUUUUGUGAGAGGGAGUUUAGCUGAUGUGUCAUUAACAUCUUCUUCUUCUGAUACUUCUGCAGAGAGGACAGUUCUUCGAAGUGAUGAGGUUGAAGUAGAUUUCAGUGACCUAACUGAAGAAGACAAGUCACUUUCUGCAGAAGAUUUUGACAGUUUGAUUGUUACUAUGGAAUCUGAAAUUCAAGAUUUGGAAAGCAACUCCCUGGAUUCCCCAGACAUAGUACAGGUUACAGAAAGAAUGAACACGUGGGAGAAUAAAAUGAAAGAAGUCAAUUCCAAACUGAAGAGAGAGACUGCCAAGACAAACAAUUUGAGAAAUAAAUUUGAAAAUAUUAAGAGAAGACGUUUUGAAGCAUUCAUGGCUUGCUUCAAACAUGUGUCAUCUAUGAUCAGUAAUAUAUACAAGGAUUUAAUGCAGAGUGACUUGUGUCACGUUAUGCUGACACUUGAAAAUGAGGAGGAGCCAUACCUUGGUGGUGUACAAGUGUGCUUCGUAGAACAUGGAAAGCCUUGUAUUGGUAUGGCAUCAUUAUCAGGGGGUGAGGCUGUUAUGGCUGGACUUGCACUCACAUUUGCAUUACACAGCUUCUUACCUUCACCAUUGCUGAUAUUUGAUGAAGUGGAUGAUGCACUUGAUGCAAAUAAUAUUGACAGACUUGUGAGAUAUGUAAAUAGCCACAAAGAUUCAAUGCAGAUUACAGUAAUUACUCUGAAUAAAAAGAUUGCUGCUGAGUGUGAUGUUAUUGUGGGAGUUUGCCCAAAUCAUACCUUCAAGGAACAGUUAGUUACCAAAGUCAUAACACUCAAUCUAAGUUUGUAUCCUAAAAAUGGAGAAACACAGUUGAAGGAACUAAUAGAAAAAUCCAAAGCUGGGAGAGAAAAGGAAGGUCAAUAACCUUUGUUAUCAUGAGCAGAUAGAAGCAAUGUAGGGCUCUUCAGCAGAAAAGGGAGUUUUAAUUAUCGAGACAUUUUCUUAAGUUCAGUUAUUAAGAGUAAUUUGAGGUGCCUUAUGUUCAAUAUAUGAACUGUUGUCAGUAAACAUGGAUGAAUAGAACUUUUAAAUUCCGUAGAUUUAUAUACAUUUGUUUGGAAUACUAGUAUGUGCUUUCUUUCCUAUCAACAUACGCACACUAAGUUAAUGAUGUUAUGUUACUUUAAGCAUUAAUGUUUUGGAUUGAUUUUUUUAAUUAAGUUUAAUGAAAAAUUGUACUUAUAAAGCAUGAGUUGGCACUGCAAAGAGGGUAGUCAAAGUUGCAUGAGAACUGAGUGCGACAAAUAUAUUUUAGCUCCUGGAUUAGUGAUUUACUGAAACAUUUCCUCCUUAUUUAUAACACACUUCUGUCAGUACAUAAUAUUUUUCUUGUUUGUUUGAAUACACUGAGACUGGAAAUCAGAAGUCAGUUUAUAUGUUGUAAUAUUUUGUGUUUCUUAUAAUAUGUAUUCUACAAAUAGAUUUUAUUCCCGUAAUUUUCCAGGAUGGGAUUUCUUAAUUUUUUUUUUUCUUCUUGUGAUUUUUUGUUUCAUUAUCUGUUUUAACAUUAAGCAGCA